AUGGACUCGCCAGCCAAGUCUCCAAGACCGACCGACGAGCUUCGUGGCGGGGUCCUCCCGCAAGCCAAGGCCAAGGAAGCUCCGAAGCCGUCGGGGAGACUGCUGACUCAGAGAGACUUGGAAUGCUUCGCGAUUGAUUGUGAGCUGGAAAGGCUGAGAAACCAGAAGUGGUGUGCCGGGCACAAACGUGCCUAUGCAGCGAUCAUGGCACAGGCGAGAAAGGAUGGCAAGCUGGAAAUCGCGAAGGAGAUCAUGGCUGAUGACGAGCGCUGUAAGAUCUGCAUGCGAGAAUAUUGUGAAAAGAACCCGAUCAAUGAGCGCUGGUCGCGGAAGCGACUCAUCGAAUGGUCUCAAUUUUGCGAGAGGCAUGGCCGACGAGACUACGAUGGAGAUCACGAGGGAGAUGCACCGAUGACCGAAGCAGAGUUCCUCAACUGGGCUCAACAGAUCAAGCGGUUGACGGCCACAGGCGCUCGACAUUGGUGGACUGAGUUGAAGGACAGCAAUGCCAGGCGAGAUUUCGGUGGUCGUGAUUCCGAAGGCAAGCUGGGUGCUGAGCGCAUCUGGAUUCCUUGCGCCCAGGAACGUCACGAGCGGAAGAAGGGCCGCUUCGGGGAGAUUGGCGUCUCCCAGGGAAGCAAACAGAUGAAGAACCUCGACGAUGAGUCCUUCAAUCAGCUGCUGGAUUACGCAGGCAGCAAGUCUUUGGAUGUUGACUUUGUGCGUGGGAACAGCAAAGGCUCGAAAGAGCCCGGGCCCCUUGCGACUUCCGUGGCUGCGACGAGCAGCCCAUCGCGCCCAUUGCCUGCAACGACGAUCGUGGCUGCGGCUGAGGAGAAGGCAGAGACGACUCCGAAGAAGUCCGUGGACCUGGCUUUGGAGAAGCCGAAGCAGGAGACCAGGCUCACGAAGGAGAUGAACACCUUGAAAACGUCCCUCUGUGAGUGCGCAAAGCAGGCCAUCGAGCAGCAGGGCAAGCUUCCGGAAACGAAGGACAACCAUCGUCUCUGCUGCUUCGCCGCACUUGUCAAUUACCCGACAGACCUCGAGGACUCGGCGACGCAGCAGAUGGUCAACACGCUCACGGGUCAGACAUCGAUUGCUGACCUCCUCGCUGGCCACACAGACAAACUUCCAGUGCCGGAGGCGAUGCAGAAGGAUCUCGUGUCUUUCGAUCAGGUCAAGGCGAACAUUGAGGCCCUCAAGAAUGCCGGCACGGUUCUUGAGCUCGAUGAAAUCAAGGAAAAGUUUCAGCAGCACAAGACGGCCCUCAAGACUUUCGAGAAAGGCCUUGCUCAAGUUUCGAGAGAUUGCAAAUCCCAUGUGCAGCAGCUUGAGAAGGAGGAAUCUCGCAAGCAGAAGGCUGAGGGGAAGAAGAAAGGCAAGGCUGAGCUGGAUGCUUUCAGGGAGAGCAACAGCCAGCGUGCGAGGGCCUUGCUGGAAAGCAAGACGGGUGCAACCGUCAAACCGCUGUACAAGACCUGUCAGUUCUUGUACAAGAAGUUCGCUGAGGGCACUCUUCCGGAGGAGUACAAGGACAAGGUCAAACCCUUCGUGAAGUAUGCAAGUGGCAUGGACUUGAGCUCCAAGCCGUGGUUCGCCACUGCCAAGGAACACCAGUGCUUGGAAGCAUGGUCCGUGGACGCAAUCAUGCAGAAGACUGUGGUGUCUUGGGCCGUCAAGUACAAGCAGCUCCCGGACUUCCAGCAGAAAAGCCGUGCCUCCGCCGCCCUCGAGCCCAAGCACGGCCACGAGCAGUGCGAUGACUUGUGGCGGAACUUCGUGGCUGAGUCGGACGUGCUGACUUGCGAUGCGAUGCCUUCAGCCGCCACGUUUGCCAAAACCAAUUGGAUCGCGGGCUACUCACCGGACAUGAAAUUCUGCGGCCUGCAAGCAAACGGAGCUCAGACCUUGAAGGUGGCAACUUUGGGCGAUGUGCUUCACAUUUGCUUUCCUUUGUCGACGACUGUUCCAGCUGCCCAGAAGCUAGGAUUCAUCCAGGACGGCAAGCCUUUGCCUUCCACAGAGGCGUUCUGUGAGGUCAUGGAGCAGAUGGAGCUGAAAACCUUGGUGGAGUUCUUCAACCAGGGCGUGGAGGUUUAUGCUCACUGCUUGAAGGCUGGGGAGAUGAUCAGCUUGCCAAUGGGAUGGUUCAGCGUGGAGAUUUCCAUGAGCGGGACAAUCCUUGUCAGCGUGCGGAAGGGGGUUUUCCUCAAGAAGACCUCCAGCGAAGCAAUCAAGGAUUACGAGUCUUUGAUCCAGUUGCUGCAGCAUUGCUCCAGAAAUGUGGAUCGAUACCACGAGCUGCUCAAGCUCCUGAAGGGGAGUGCUGAGGCGAGUCAGGAGGCUCCGACGGCAAAGCCUGAUGCAGCUGCAUCCUGA